GUUCGGUCUAUGCUGAAACUAAAGGUGACAGAGAGGCGGAAUAGACCAUUACUGAGACGUAGAGAAAAAGGUCCUUUGAAGAGAACAUCGCAACUUACAAAAAACGGAAGUAUUAAAUCGGAUUCUGGAUCUGGUUCUCCACAAGAAUAUGCUUCAAGUCAAAAUUUAUCUCAAGCAACCAGUAAUAGCGGUCCUGGUCAUAAGAAUCCUGGAAGACUUUCUUACCACACACCCACAAAUGGAUUAAAUCUCCAUUCAUCUCCUUCUUUGCCAAAUAUUUCUCUUGGUCGUCCUCCAGCAUAUUAUCCUAAUGAAUCAAAGAGUGCCAUAUCUGAAACUCAGGCUAAAGCAUCUGUCACAGCACAACUGGGGCUACCAUUGACACAUCAGAGUCUUCAUUCUACUCUUCCGUUCUACCCACCUUUACCAGUCAUAGAUGGAGAAUUUGCAUCACCCACCAACCCAGCCUAUAUACAGCAUCAGAUGAAAGCUUUAGAACAAGCUUCAUCAUCCAGACCAGAUCUUUCAGUCAGUGAUGUGAUGUCUGUUGUUUCUAGAGUUUGUUAUUCUGCAAGUGGAAUUACAAAAGCUCAGGAAGCUCAAGCUCGACUAUAUCGGAACAGCAGUCGUCCUUUAGGCAGGACACAAUCAGCCCCAUUACCACUUGGUCACCCACUGUUACAGCCACAGGGAAUAGUCUUGUCUUCCUCUCAAGGUGAAUCUUUCUUAAGAGACCAACAGCACAAUCUCUUAAGACAGCACAUUCGGCAAACAGUGUUAACUCGGGCAAGCAGCAAAAACCAGGUGGAAAAUGUUGAAGAGGAAACAGAAGCUGCCAUAGCCCAAGAAAUGAAAGAUUCAUCUUGCGAUAAAAAAAGCUUUAUUUCCAUAGAAGCAAUUGAUUUGACUGAGCCCAAAUCUAGGGUUGACAGAGAUGAACCUGAUAUAGGGCACACCACUGUUACUCAGAAAAAUUAUCUUGAAGUGCUUGAUGGACCAGCAUUUACUUCUCAUAGCCAUCAUGUAACUCGUCCACUGUCUCGUGCCCUGUCCAGUCCUUUAGUCAACCUUAGUCCCACAGGAAACUUUCAGGAGAAGUUUGUGUACACUCACCAUGCUUUUACUACUGGUUUAGUAUAUGACAGUUUGAUGCUGAAGCAUCAAUGUAUUUGUGGAGAUAACUCCCAUCAUCCUGAACAUGGAGGAAGACUGCAAAGUGUCUGGGCUCGACUUCAUGAGACAGGUCUUGUGGCACGGUGUGAGAGGGUGAAGGCAAGGAAAGCCAGUUUUAGUGAAAUCCAGUCUUGUCACAGUGAAGCUUACUCCAUCUUGUUUGGUACAAAUCCAUUAAACAGACAAAAACUGGACCUGAGUAAGUUGGAAUUUCCACUUAAAAACUUUGUGAAACUUCCUUGUGGAGGAAUAGGAGUAGACUUGGAUACUGUAUGGAAUGAACUUCAUACAGCAGAUGCUGCACGGAUGGCUGCAGGAUGUGUAACAGAGCUAUCUUUUAAGGUUGCUACAGGGGAAGUGAAGAAUGGUUUUGCUGUUGUUCGGCCUCCUGGCCACCAUGCUGAAUCUCAACAGGCCAUGGGUUUUUGUUAUUUCAAUUCACUGGCUAUUGCUGCUAGGCAGCUGCAACAGAAGCUGAAGUUAGAGAAGAUUUUAAUAGUAGACUGGGAUGUUCAUCAUGGUAAUGGGCUUCAGCAGAUUUUUUACAAUGAUCCUCAAGUUCUUUAUAUUUCUCUUCACCGUCAUGAUGAUGGGAACUUCUUUCCUGGAACAGGUGGUCUCGAAGAAGUAGGUACUGGUGAUGGUUUGGGAUACAAUGUGAAUAUUCCCUGGGCUGGUGGACUUAACCCUUCAUUAGGAGAUGCUGAGUAUAUCGCUGCUUUCAGGACUGUUGUGAUGCCCAUUGCUGAGGAGUUUAACCCAGAAAUUGUUCUUGUGGCUGCAGGUUUUGAUGCAGCGCAAGGCCACUCUCAUCAACUUGGUGGUUACACUGUCUCUCCAGCCUGUUUUGGCUUCCUCACUAAACAAUUAAUGCAGUUGGCUAAAGGAAAGCUAGUGAUGGCUUUAGAAGGAGGUUACGAUUUGCCAGCUGUCUGUGAUUGUUCACAAGUGUGUGUUGCCACACUUUUGGGUGAGAAUAACUGCUCAUUGAAGGCUGAAGAGGUUAUGCGACAGCCUCACCAGGUGGCAGUGGAAGUGCUUCAGCAAGUAAUAUCCAUACAAGCCUCACAUUGGCCGAGUAUCAAACAAAGAGCACACGUAAUUGGUUGUUCACUGCUAGAAACUAAGCAAAAAGAAAGUGGAUUGGAAAACCCCAUAACCACUGUGCCAUCAUUUUUUGUAGCUGCAGAACAAGACCAAAUACAGAAGCCAGUGGUCAGUGAGUCUAUGGAUGUUGAUCAUGAUAAGUAAAGAUAUGAUACUCAAUUUCAUAACAUUUUUAACCAUGGUCCAAUUAUCAGUAAUCACUUUCUUAAUUGUAUUUGUGAGAAUACCUACUUAGAGUUUUUAAGAGCAACAUAAUCAGAACAAGUUGCUUUUUUCAUAAGAUGAAAUCCUGUAGCUUGUCAAAUUUCAUUGAAAGAUUUCAUGUAGAAGAUUCUUUGAGAAUUCUGGAGUUCUCAGGAACCAUAAAGAGUAGCAUCAAUUUCAGUAAAAAUGUUGGAAAGCUAUUUCAUGGUCUAUAAAAAAUUAUUUUGUAAAUGUGUGUGGUUAACAUGUAAGAAAUAGAAUAACCUAUUCUGAAUUGCACAGAGUUGUAUGAAAUAAAUCUCCUGAAUUAAAUACACAUGUAACACUCUCAACGUUUGAGUAUUUUUUGCUCAUAACUCCUAUACCUCUGCGAGCAAAUUUAUGGUGAUUAGCAGGUUUUUUUUGGGAGAAUAUUGCUUUAGACAUAAUAUAAUGCAAUUUUUCAAUAUAAUCAUUAAUUUUUUGAUUUUGUAAAAUCGUAAAGGGCCUGGUGUGAAUGUUUUAAUACUAAUCUUUAUUUUUUAUUAAAUCUGACUAAGACAAUCACUGCUUGUAUUUAAUAUUAAGUUAUAGUUUUAUCUUAAUACCAGUUUAAAGCUAGAGUAGUAUCUUUACUCAAUGCUUCAAUUCAAAAUUCAUUAACAACUACAUUCAGAUUGGAAAGAUGAAUGGCAAAAUUAGUAUUAAAACAUCAGAGUCGCUUAUCUAAAGUGGCCGAAUACUGAUGAUACGACAUAAUUACUUUUGAUCUAAAAUAAGAGCAUUUAAAAAUAAUUAUAUGAAGUAACAUCUACUCUGGGAUUACCUAGGUAAUAUAUAUGCUGAAAAUAUCCAGGUAACAUCUACUCUAGGACUAUCUAGGUAAUAUAUAUUCUGAAAAUAUCCAGGUAACAUCUACUCUAGGAUUAUCUGGGUAAUAUAUAUACUCUGAAAAUAUCCAGGUAGUGUAUACUCUGAGAAAAUCUAGAUGACAUACAUUGUGAGAAUAUCCAGAUAAUGUAUGCUAUCAGAAUGUCUAAAUAACAUUUGUUCUAAGAGUGUCUAGGUAAUGUCUAUUCUUAGAAUACUCAUGUAAUAUCUAGGUAACAUCUACUGUGAGAAUGUAUAGGAAACUUGGAAAUAUCCAAUAAUAUCUAUUUUAAAAAUAUCUUGGUAAUGUCUACUCUGAAAAUAUCUAUCUAAUGUUUGCUUUGAGAAUAUUCAAGUAACAUAAACUUAUGUUCAACAAAAUUUCAAUGUAUAAGUACAGUUAUGUACUUAGAUGUAAAAUAAAAGUUAAGAUAAGAAGCUUAUUUUUCUAGUUUUAACUUAAAUAUUUUGCUGUCUUUUAAAUUAAAGCUGUAUACAACUUUAUGAGUUUUCACACUGGUAUCAUUAGAAGCAAGAAGUGUAAGUUUUGGUUGAUUGUUUUUUGUCAGUGUAAAAGCUACUUCCUAUUUGAAUGAUGUUAAUGUUAAGUCCAUUCUGAAUGAAUUUUAAGAUAGAUAAUUUAUCAAAGGCUAAAAGUUGAGAUAAGAGUUGAAUAUUAGUUAAGUCAUUUACUUUUUUUUUCUUUACUUCUUAUUAAAGCAAACCAAGACCUUCAAGUACUUUAUAACAAAAAUAAAUUGUCAUUAAAUUUUUUCCCAACUAGUUUUCUUUCCUGGAUUGUAAAAAUAAGUAAAUGUUCUAUUGUUACUAUAUACGACUACCUUACAGCAAAUUGUUUUUAGAGAAUUGGUUAAAUUUUCUGGAGAAGAUGAUUAAUUUCAAAUUCUGUAGCAGGAUAUAAGGAAGUCUACUUGAAAAAUACAAGUACGGUACAUAUGUAUUCAUCCAAGUAUUUUAAUUACUGUUUAAUUAUCUUUAUGUUCUGAGAAAGUUUGGUAGAAAAACUUUCAUGUUCAUGAAAUGCUGGCAUUUCCAAUGACAUAACUCCACUAUUAUACCCGUUAAGUUAAAAUGUAAUAUAACAAAGUUUAGUACUUUAAAUUUGGAGUAAGGUAGACUAAAAACUAUCAAAUCAUACACAAUUAAAUGCCAAGAAACACUACUUCUUUUUAAAUAUGUCUUUUAUAUUUUUAAACAAAAUAUUUUUUGGUACUUUAAAACAGGUUGUUAAUAUACUCACUUUACCAUGUAUAUAACUUUCUUAACAUGUAAUUUCUUAUUUUGUGUUGUAAUUUUUGAGGUAGCUUUUGCCUUGUACUAGAAUUUAAAUUGUAUCUAAAUAAUCAUUUUUAACAAUUGAGUACAACUAAUACUUGUGUAUAAAAUGUUAACUACUAUAAGUUUAUGAAAACAGUUCUAUAUAUACUGAAGCUCUGGUGACAUGGGAAAUUGUAUACUUUAAGGAAAAUAUAAUUCAGUUGGUCUCUUUCUCUGGCAAAGAGCAACAUAUUGAUUAUCUUUAUGUAGUAUGUUACAUCUGUUUAAUGAUUUUUUUCCUAUAAUUAACUUAUCCUGUUUAUAUACAGCAUGAGGAGAGUAUUGGUUAAGUAUUUUUAUGGUGAGGAUUGUGGAUAAUAUGCUUACACAAGAGUAAUUUUUCAUAUGACUGACAAAUUCACUGAUUUUUUAAAACUAUUAAACCAUGUUGAUUUGUUAUAAUAUUGACAUAUAUGCUGUAAUACUUGUUGUUUUUUGCAGGUUUUAUAGUUAAACUUUUAACAAAUAUUUUGAUCAGUAUAGAAUUUGUUAUUCAAGUCUUCUUUAUGUAAAUAAAACAUGGUAUUGAUGAUCAA